AUGAACGAUCUCGUUGACAUCAAACGAAGGGUUGACGUGUUCCGCUCUCGUCAAGACAACAAGGGCAUUGUUGUCCGCCUGCUUUGCAGACCGGAGCUCCCAAGCGACUUCAUAACAGCCAUGGAGCAUGAGGUCUUGACUAGAACCAUGGGUAUUGAUGCUACUGUUGUGUACACUGACGGCGACAUCUACGACGCACUCAGCCGAGGCGUAUAUCAAUGUCCUAAGCUCCGUUCCCUAACACACAGAGCCCAGAGAGAGGCACUGGCAUCGAGGUGGCGCAUAUUUAAUCUCCUUCAGGGAGUUAAGCGUGGUGUCUCCCUCGAAGAAACCGUUGAGAUGUUGAAGAAGAAAGUGCUAUGCGGCAAGAGACAAGACAGCAGCUUGGCCACUUUGACGCCAGAUGAUUGUAUGUAG